AUGUCUGAAGCCAUCGUAACCUUCCAGUCUAAGCUCUCUGGAGUCAUGGAGACGGUAUUCAAGGCUGCCAUGUACGAGAUCACCAGGCUGGUGGAGGAUAGCUUCCUGAAGGAGGUGUCCCGGAACCGGGAGCAGAUCGAGUCACUGAAGAAGCGGUUGCAGUGGUCAGAGAACAGACGCAGAGAGGGAGGCCAGAGGGGAAAUUGUGGGGACUAUGGAAGAGCUGACGAGGAAGCCGAGGAGACAAGCUCUGGAACCUCACAGACAGGUGCGGAGAGGGGGUGUGGCCUGAAGCAGGAGAAGGUACCAGGGGAGGAGUGGACCAGCUGUGGGGGCGUGGCUGGGGAAACAGCCUUCCAUGAUCUGGAGGAGGCAGAGGCCACCAGUCCUAGGAGAACAUCUGAGUCCACAGAGGUCGGAGGUCAGAAGCUGGACAGCCUGCUGAAAGAGGAGCCUCUCCACAACAGUGAGCUACAGGAGAAAUGGGAGUUCUGCCUGGAUGGGGCCGAUGGUUCGGACGUCUCGGGGCCCAGUAAGAGUUUCAGUGAGCAGGAGCUGCAGCAGUGCCAGGAUGACUGGGCAUCCGGUCUAGACCAGGGGCCUGAACCACCGGGCCCAGAGGGAGACCCAGGGGACCCCACUGACCCUCUCUACCGCCCUCGUUACAGCAUGGAGGAACUGGGGGGCGGCUUUGAGAAGUCUGGUUACGGCAGUGAUGGUGGUGGAGGCCGUCGUCUAGACUUGGAAGGGCUGGAUAGUCUUCCUGGUUCUCCGUCUCGUCUGGGGGCGCUGAGCUAUGGAGCAGUGGGUCACUACCAGGUGAACCUGGGGGGGUCUGAGGGGGGAGACCAUCACCAUCGCUCCCACAUGACUGACCCCCAUCGGAGCCGGAGGGAGCGGUUAGGGUUGCCAACGCGGUCCCCCCAUCUGGAGGUGGGAGACCUGAACUGCCUGUUGAUCAACGAGGAGGGGUACCUGCAGGACUCCAGUGUCUUGUACCCCGAACAUGGUGUCCCAGAGGCGGGUAACAGAGCUGACCACAGGGGGAUAACCUCCAUCCACUCUGGAAGCUCAGCCCACAACGACGACUUUGGACACUCUCUAAACCUCAGAGAUCGUUCACAAGAGCAGUUAACAGGAAGAGUGGGAGGAGGGGGGAGACGUCACGCCUGCAAUCAGUGCACCAUGACCUUCCCAGACUCUGGCUCCCUCAAGGCCCACAAGCAAACACACAAAACAGAGAGAGGGUCGAGUACAGGGUCUGGGUCUGGGCCUCCGUACUCUGCACCCAGUGUGCGGGUCCACCAGGCCAAGGGACUCCACCUCUGCAGCCACUGUGGCAAGGGCUUCACCUCCUUCUCCGACCUGAAGAGGCACAAGUGCAGCCAGACGACAGACAAGCCCUACUGCUGCUCCAUCUGUGGGAACAAGUUCAGUCGGCUCUGGAACCUGAAGGUGCAUCAGCGUAUUCACACGCAGGAGAAACCCCACCGCUGCACUAUGUGUGACAAGAGAUUCACGCGGCAGACAUUUUGA